AUGAAUGCUGAUGACCACCUGCAAAAUAUCAUGGCUCGAAACGAUGAAAAUGAAAGUCAAAUGCAGUUGAUCUCGAUGGAAGAUAGUAAUGCUUCCUAUGUUGCUACACCGACGAGUGGAUCUCCUCAGCUAUCAAUGGCUUUGCCCAUGCAACACGUUGAAACCCACGACAUCCAUUUCACGCCACCAAUCACUUACAAAACGGCUGGUGGUAAACCACUCUUACAGUGGUGGCGACGAAGGACAUCACUUGAACAAUUUCUUGUUUUACUUACAUUGCUUAUGGCUACAACUAUUAUAACAUUAUUGGCAUUAUUCUUGCCUUUAAAUGAUGGCACUACUAAUUCGAAGAAAAAAGAUUUGAAUAAUAUUGACAACAAUAUGAUAAUUUAUGAGGAUAUUGAAAAACGGCUAAUGGCAAUGAAUUUCUCAGCUGAUCCAUGUGACAACUUUUUCGAAUAUGCAUGUGGUCAGUGGAAUCGCGAUCAUAUGAUACCGGAUGACAUGUUUGCUUAUGGUACCUUCGCAUCCGUUAGAGAAAGUGUCCGGCAACAAAUGAGAGUAUUGUUGGAAUCAGAUGUAUCACAAGAAUCGAGAUCAAUUGAAAUGACACGUAUUGCUUAUCAGACAUGCAUGAAUACUAGCAAGCUUGAAUCAGUCAAAUCAUCACAGUUAUUAUCGUCACUUCGGCAAUUAGCUAAAUGGCCAUUAUUGGAUAAUAACAAUGAAUGGGAUGAAAAUUCGUUUGAUCUUACUUAUAUUUUGGCUUCAUCUCGUCGAUAUUUUGGAAACGAAAUUUUUUUUCAAAUUUAUGUUUACGCUGAUGCUAAAAAUACAACAAGGAAUAUUUUAUAUUUGGAUCAGGGAGCACUCGGUUUAGGUCGUGGCUCACGUGACUAUUACCUCAACACAUCCAUGUUUGCUAAGCAUUUGAAUGCCUACAAGAAAUAUCAACUCGAUGUUAUCAAAUUAUUGUUGGAUGAUGCUGAUGUUAUCUAUAACUUAUCAAAACUAACCACUGAUCUCAACAAUAUUAUCGAUUUUGAAAUCGAAUUUGCCGAAAUUAUAGUACCAGAAGAUGACCGACGUAACAACACACGGCUAUAUAACGGCAAACGAAUUUCGGAUUUGUACACAUUGUUUCCAAAGGUAGAAUGGCUAAAUUUCUUCCACCAAAUAGCGCCAACAUCAAUUCAUAAUUCGAUUAAUAAUAAUACGCAAAUAAUUGUGGGUGAAGUCGAUUAUAUGUACAAUAUUGCAUCACUUAUCAGUAAAAAUAGCAAUCAGUUGUUAGCAAAUUAUAUCUUUUGGCGAAUUGUGCAUUCCUGGGUUAAAAUAUUAGAUGGACGAUAUGAAGAUAUCAAACAGGUUUUUCUACGGGUAAUGACAGGUCAGCAAACCAAAUCACCACGUUGGAAAGAAUGUGCCCAAGGGACGAUAAAUUUACUGCCAUUAGCUGGUGGGGCUCUUUACGUGCGGGAGCAUUUCGAUUCUACCGAUAAGAAGGAAGCAUUGAAAAUGAUUGCAAACCUUCAAGAAGCAUUCAAAGAACUCGUUGAUGAAAGUGAUUGGAUGGAUGAGAAAACGAAGAAAGUUGCAAUUGAAAAGGCAGUGAGUAUGAUUAACAAUAUCGGAUAUCCUGAUUUCAUUAAUAAUUAUACGGCACUCGAUAAACAUUAUGAAAAAUUAAAUUUCACUGCGGAGGAUUCAUAUUUCGAUUUGCUGCGAAAGGUACUUGUAUGGUCACAAGAAAAAGAAUUUUUACGAAUGAAGGAGCCAUUUGAUAAAAAAGAAUUCGAAGUAAGUCCAGCUGUUGUCAAUGCGUUCUAUUCGCCAGAAAAAAAUGCCUUGACAUUUCCUGCAGGAAUUCUCAAGCCACCAUUCUUUAGCGGCGCUUAUCCAAAAAUGGUCAAUUAUGGUGCGAUAGGUGCAGUAAUAGGACAUGAAGUCACGCAUGGAUUUGAUGAUCAAGGAAGUCAAUAUGAUAAAGAAGGUAAUCUAUUAAACUGGUGGAAUGCAGAUUCAUAUAAUGGAUUUGCCAAACGGAAAGAAUGCAUUAUUAGUCAGUACAGCUCAUAUGUGGUACCAAAUACGGAUUAUAAGGUUAAUGGUAAACUUACGCAAGGUGAAAAUAUAGCUGAUAAUGGUGGCGUAAAAGAAGCUUACAGGGCCUAUAGGAAAUACGUAAAUCAAUUGGGGCACGAAGAAGCACAUUUGCCAGGAUUUCAAAAUUUCUCGAAUGAUCAGGUGUUCUUCCUGUCUUACGCUCACUUUUGGUGUGGCCAUAAGAAGGAAGCAGCAGCACUGCAACAAGUGCUUAUUGAUGAGCAUAGUCCCGAGGUAUUCCGGGUUAUCGGAGUGCUGUCGAAUUUACCUGAAUUCAGUAAGGCGUAUAACUGUCCGCAGGGCAGCCCAUUAAAUCCAUUAAAGCGUUGCACAGUUUGGUAG